AUGGGUUUUGUUGGGUGCACUAAGGCUUUGUCUUACAGAGUAACAUAUUCUCUUUCAUCAUUUGUAGGCAACAAACCGGAAGACUACGGCAAGCAGCGUUUGUGGGGAGCUUUUGGCUGGGGACUGGCCGCCUUCAUCGUGGGAUCAAGCUUAAGUACAAUUGAAGAGAUCAGCAACUGCAACAAUCCUUUGAGCGUAGACUACUUGCCUUGCUUUUACGCAUUUGCCUGUCUCAUGGGUGUGGCUCUCUUAAUUGGAGCCUUGUUUGAGUUUGACAAGAAAGAAUCACUCGAAACGAACAUUUGGCAAGGACUUGCAGUGCUCUUUGACUGUCGAUACAUGUACUUUAUCAUCACGAUCCUUUUCUGCGGAAGUGCAUUGGGCUUUAUAGAGACAUUCCUAUUUUGGCAUUUGCAAGAUUUAGGCGGUACGCAGUUCUUGUUUAGUACAAUCACAGCUAUACACUGUAUUUCUGAAGUGGUAGUUUACUGUUGCUCUGGUAUGUUCAUCAAAUGGCUGGGCCAUCAUCAAGUUCUAUACGUUGGACUUUCUUGUUACAUCAUUCGAUUCUUCGGUUAUGCCUUUAUAAGUAACAGUUGGGUGGUCCUACCUUUUGAAAUCCUUCAUGGCUUGUCAACGGCAGCUGUAUGGUCAGCGGCUGUCGUCUUUGUAGGACUCAUUCCUGAGGCGCCGGCAACCAUGCAGGGCAUUCUGGGCGGAGUGCACUGGGGUCUUGGAAAUGGCGGUGGAGGGGUGGUUGGAGGACUAUUAAUCACUUAUGCCGGGGCAACGAAUUCUUUCCUUAUAUUUGGCAUUAUCAGUCUUGUGGAUUUGAGUUUGUUUAUUUCUUUAAACAACAUGGAAUUUUUCAGCUGUUUUGAAUGGUCCAAGGGGAUUGGCACACGGACUCAGUAUGCUUUACAGGAAGAUAAGGCAGCAGAAAACGAGGAAUUAGAAACGGAUUACGAUGACCUUUACUGAACACAUUAAGAUCAUAUUACGAACUCACAAAGUGACCAGCUCCCAGUUGGCUUAAUA